UUGGCAUCAUCACCAUGGCAGAAUUGUCUCCAACACAUCUUUGAACCACCAUUACUGUAGUAAGUUAUCAAGGUCAUGGCAGGUGAUGGCAACUUCCUCUCGAAUGAAGCGAAUGUGCCGUUGGGCUUUGUGGUCGCGUUCUUUGUGCUGGGGCUGCUGCCGUUCUGUUGCAUGCGGCUCGUGUGCUCCAAACCCCGUGUCGACGACGACGACGACCCACUGCUUCCCAACGAGGAAGUGGGCCAGUUGGCAGGUCUUACUCGCGACAAGCUCGAGGACACGAAAUUGGAAGCCAAGAAGUGGACGUGUGGCAUCUGCGCGUUUCACAACCCGGUCGAUAAACGUUCGUGCGUACUCUGCGAUACCAGUCGAGCAACGUUUUUACUCGUGUCGCCUGAAUUUGGAGCCAUGGCUGGCACGCUUCCCAUCGAUCAACUCAACGACCACCAACUCAGUGCAAUGUAUCGUAGCCAGUGGACACGGCGAUGCCAUGGCUCAACAUGGACGUGGCAGUGCUUCCCUUUGGCCGACCCUUGUGAGUACAUGGUGCUAUCAGCUGCAUCGGAAGGCGAUGUCCCAUAUCUAGUUGAGCUGGCAGCGGCUACGGCAGGCCAAACAGUGCUGGGCCAUGCCUUGCCUAGCUGGUGGAGUCGUCCCCUCUUGGAGCUCCAAGCGCUGCCGUUUUCGCUCAAAUAUGCGUGGCUGCUGUCGUACUUGGCUGUCGAGUACCACGCUGCCCACGCCAAGCUAACGCUGACUCGAGCGACGAUCUUCGAUCAGUCCAUGCACGCACUCAACACGGCACAUGUGGACCAGUUGUGUUUACUGACAAUCAUCUCGUUGGUGGGGGAGAGUGCUGUGGAUGCGGGGGGGGUCACUAGGGAGUGGUAUACGUUACUGACCAUGGCCAUCGUGGACGAGUCCAGGGGGCUGUUUGUAGUGACCAGCCACCCCGACCAAUCGUUCUUUGUCAAUCCCAAAUCAAUCGAUCCAACUCAUUUGGACCAGUACCAAGCUGUGGGACGGCUCCUGGGGAAAGCCAUCAUCGACGAGCAAGUGCUGCCGUUUCACUUUUGUGUCCCGCUGUUCAAGAUGCUGCUGGGGUACCCCGUCUCUAUCCAAGACAUUCGGUACUUGGACCCGACCGUAUAUUCGAGCUUGACCUACAUUCGCGACUGCGAUGACGUGGACGAUUUGGCGCUGACGUUCAGUGUGAGUGUGGACACGGAUGUACCGGAAGUGGAGCUGGUGGUCGGGGGUCGGGACGUGGGGGUGACCAACGCCAACAAGGCCGAGUACGUGGAGAGGAUGGUGCAGUACUUGAUGUUUGAGCGCGUGGCGCCGCAGCUGCAGCGGCUGGUGCAGGGUCUGUACGACGUGUUGCCCCAGGAGCUGCUCAUGCCGUUCGACUACAAGGAGCUGGAGCUGAUUUUGUGUGGGUUUUCAGAGAUCGACGUGGGUGACUGGAAGCGGUCCACGAUCGUGUCCAAGUCGCUCGAGGACGUCGUCGGGUGGUUCUGGGACGUUGUCGAGUUUGACAUGACGCCCUCUGACCGGGCCAAGCUGCUCCAGUUCACCACUGGGUCGUCCCGCGUACCCAUCCAGGGGUUCAAGGGCCUCACGAGCUACGAUGGCCGGCUGUGCCCAUUUUCGCUACAUGGGGUGCCCUACGAGUAUGGCAUAUUCCCCAAGGUCCACUCGUGCUUUAACCGCAUCGACCUGCCCAUUUACCCCUCGAGGGCCUUGUUAGCAGAAGGGUUGUUUGUGCUGGUGAACAUCCAAUGUAUGGCGUUUACGAUGGCGUAACUUAUUAA